UCAGCUCAGCUUGGGUAGGUAGCUUGUUAGUUGAAGGUUGAUUGAUGCGGGUCGAUAAUUUUGUUGAUGUGUCAUUAGUAAUCGGGUAAAAAAAAAAGAACAACAAAUAAUCUAAUUUGGAAAAGAACCUAUCUAACAGCGAUUGGCAAAGUUUGGCUCAGUUUGACCGAGGACGGCGGACCUAGAAAGAUUUUAAUUAAAACUCAGUGUGAAUAGCUACAUAUUAAUCACACUACACGCUCAGGUAUCACGGCCAGCAACAUGUCCAGCACAUCGCAAAAGCACAGAAACUUCGUAGCUGAACCAAUGGGAGAAAAGCCAGUGACUGAACUGGCUGGUGUCGGUGAAGUUUUAGGCAAAAGAUUGGAGGCGGCUGGUUUUGAUAAGGCUUAUGUUGUUCUUGGCCAAUACUUGGUCCUGAAGAAGGAUAAAGAGUUGUUUCAAGAAUGGAUGAAAGAUACAUGCAGCGCAAAUACAAAACAGUCUCAAGAUUGCUACCAGUGCCUUUGUGAUUGGUGUGAAGAGUUCUUGUAACUAUUAGGCAAAAUGAGUGAUUUUUUUUACUUUUGUAAAUGAUUGAAGUUGGUUUUUUUUUUUUUAAACAAAAUGAUCUUUCAUACAUCUAUAAUUUAAAGACAUGUUAUACCAAAUUCAAUUGUAUAUAACCCUUACCUGUACUAAAGAUGAAUACAAAUUUUAACCAAA